AUGGACGACCCGCGUGACCUCUGCUCAUUUGGUCUUGCCUGUCGCCUCUUUCAGGCCAUCACCCAAACGGGAAUGGUGUGGCGGCAGCUGCUGGGCUCGACCUAUGGAUGGGUCUUUGACCAGUGGCAAGCCCACAUGGACCUCAAGCAGCUGGGGUGGAGGGACGCCUAUCGCGUGUGCCGCAAAACCGCCUGCGCUCGCGUCAACGUGAGGCGUCUCUUUCAGAAAGGGGCAUGCUCCACCAAUUCGGUACUCAACCUGGGCACUCCGUUCGGCUGCUUCGCUGUGGACUGCACGGAAGUGGUGAACGAUCCUGACCUGGUGGCCGUUCAUCCUCAAGCCAAUGGGCGAGCAAACAACAUCGAGCUGUGGGAAAAGCACGGCGACCAGGCGGCUCUUGAAUGUACCUGCCUGCCGCUUGAUCUGUCUGGGCAGCUGAACUGA